AUGAAGACCACCGCCAUCCUCACCGCUGUUGCAAGCAUGCUCACCUUCAGCGUCCAGACCGCUGAUGCCAAGUGCUACGGUUCCGGCGACCGCUGGCCUGACAAAGACCAGGCCGCUCGAUUCGUCUGGGACGCCUGCUACGGCUCACAGGGCAUGUUCUACGGACAAUUCACGGCUGGUCAGACCAGGUGGAUGUGUCCUCGAAUCGGCAAUGUUGGCCUUCUCUUCGAAGUUCAGAACAACUGGAAUGAGAUCGUUGACUUGGGUAAUGACGACUGUUAUACCCGCCUCAAGAAUGAAAUUUAUGGAUGUGACCGUGGUGGAGAGUCUACUGUUUCCAAAUGGCGAUUCCGUGCUGACCCCGGUAACUGCUAA